UCUCUCUCUCUGUCUCUCUCUUCUCCAGCAACGAUAUUGGCUUCUCUUCUCGCGACUAGAUGCCGAAUUUCUCGUCCCAGCUCCGGCUUUCUUCCCUCCUCAAACGCUUCAAGCAGCGGACGGCUACGAUCGACGGAGCGAGGAGAUCUUUCGCCACCACCGAAGGAUCUCGUCCCACCAUAGUCCACAAGCGCAGCCUCGACAUCCUCCACGAUCCAUGGUUCAACAAGGGAACGGCGUUCUCCAUGACGGAGCGGGAUCGGCUAGAUCUCCGCGGUCUUCUGCCUCCCAACGUCAUGACCUCCCAACAGCAAAUCGAACGGUUCAUGGUUGAUUUAAAAAGGCUAGAAGUGAAUGCCAGAGAUGGACCUUCUGAUACAAAUGCCUUAGCCAUGUGGCGGAUCCUUAACAGGUUGCAUGACAGAAAUGAAACGAUGUACUACAAGGUUUUAAUUGACAAAAUUGAGGAAUAUGCACCUAUUGUAUAUACACCUACUGUUGGACUUGUUUGCCAGAACUAUAGCGGCUUGUUUAGAAGACCAAGGGGAAUGUAUUUUAGUGCAGAGGAUCGUGGAGAAAUGAUGUCAAUGGUUUAUAACUGGCCAGCUGAUCAGGUUGAUAUGAUUGUUGUGACAGAUGGGAGUAGAAUUUUGGGCCUUGGAGAUCUUGGGGUUCAGGGUAUUGGCAUUGCAAUUGGGAAGCUGGAUCUAUAUGUUGCAGCUGCAGGCAUAAAUCCUCAGAGGGUACUUCCAGUGAUGAUUGAUAUUGGAACUAACAAUGAGAAGCUUCUCAAAAAUCCCCUAUACCUGGGAUUGCAACAGCAUCGUCUUGAUGGUGAGGAGUACUUAUCGGUUAUGGAUGAAUUUAUGGAGGCUGUUUUUACUCGUUGGCCUCACGUUAUUGUACAGUUUGAAGAUUUCCAAAGCAAGUGGGCCUUCAAAUUAUUGCAGCGAUAUAGGAAUACUUAUCGAAUGUUUAAUGAUGAUGUUCAGGGUACUGCUGGUGUUGCAAUAGCUGGUCUUUUGGGAGCUGUAAGAGCGCAAGGAAGACCAAUGAUAGACUUCCCAAAGCAAAAAAUUGUUGUUGCUGGUGCUGGAAGUGCAGGAAUAGGAGUUCUCAAUGCCGCAAGGAAAACCAUGGCAAGGAUGUUAGGCAAUAAUGAAUCUGCAUUUGACAGUGCACGGAGACAGUUCUGGGUGGUUGAUUCCAUGGGUCUGAUAACAGAGGAUCGCAAGAAUAUUGACCCAGACGCUCAACCAUUUGCAAGAAAGAUAAAAGAAGUUUCGCGCCAAGGUUUAAUGGAAGGGGCAAACCUAGCUGAAGUGGUUAAAAAAGUAAAGCCUGAUGUGCUUCUUGGAUUAUCUGCAGUUGGAGGUUUGUUCUCCAAGGAGGUCUUGGAGGCCCUCAAAGAUUCAACUUCUACAAGACCAGCUAUUUUUGCAAUGUCCAAUCCUACAAAAAAUGCUGAAUGCACCCCUGACGAAGCUUUUUCCAUUGUGGGUGACCACAUCAUAUUUGCGAGCGGAAGCCCAUUCAAUGACGUGACUCUAGGAAAUGGUCAGGUCGGCCACUGCAACCAGGGAAAUAACAUGUACCUCUUUCCAGGGAUAGGUCUUGGUACACUUCUAUCCGGUGCACGGGUGAUCUCUGAUGGCAUGCUACAGGCUGCAGCAGAAUGCUUGGCCGCUUACAUGACAGAGGAGGAGGUUCUUACAGGCAUCAUCUAUCCUUCAAUAUCUAGCAUUCGUGACAUAACCAAGGAAGUAGCUGCAGCCGUGGUGAGAGAAGCCAUAGUAGAGGACCUUGCAGAGGGAUACCGUGACAUGGAUGCCCGAGAGAUUCGAAAGCUAAAUCAGGAGGAAAUCGUACAAUACGUGAAGAACAACAUGUGGAUUCCAAACUAUCCUAACUUGGUAUACAAAAACGAGUGAACUCAAACAUCUUUCCGUCCCUGAUGAUAAUAUACAGUCAUGGGAGAUUCAAGCACCAACUGUUCCAUUCCUGGGGAUCAUUGUCAAAACUCUGCAAAAGACCUCUUUGGUGGUCAUUCGCGUGCCAUCAUUUGUAAUUUGGUAUGUAACAUGGUGCAUGUCUGUGAUAAGAGUUUUUGAGCCGACCUCCACCAGGCUUUAGUGCAGCCCUCCAUCAUUAGGCGAAUUGAUGGCAUUCUCAUCUUUGUAUUGAUUAAAUUAAAUAAAUUGCUUGCGUUA